AUGGCUGGAUGGUCAUGGCUGUGACGCCUUUGACUUAUAUGUUUGUUCAAUCAGAGCUGGUGGCCUGCUGGGGUCAAAACAACGACGACAACAGUUAGUACCACUGUAGCUAACAAGAGGUCGUUGAAAAUGCUAGAAACUGCAGCAGAGUAACUCUCAAAUUACACCCACUGACAAAAACAACAAAAAAAGACACAUUGCUUUAUGUGGUUUUACAAUUCACUAUGACUGAAAAAAGACAGGAGGAUGGUCAUGGUCGGAAUGCCUUUGAUUAUGGGCCUGCUCGAUUAAAAGAUAACCUGGCACUAAGCUCUAUCAACAACAACAAUAACAACAACUACUACUACUAGUAGUAGUAGUAGUAGUAGUAGUAGCAUCAAAGUUAAUACCAAUAUUUACUAUCCCCCACCCGCGACAUACUACUCGUUCACCGCUCCCACUACCAAUUCCCUCACCGUCGUGACUACUACUCAAUGAAUGCUAUGACCACUUUUGCUGCUACCAACACCACAACACUGUGACUACGAUUUCACAAUUACCACCGUUACUGCCUCCGCACUUCCCAUUCCUCUAACACCCACCGUCCUUCACUCCCUCACUAUCACAACUAUAAACGCCGCCGCCGCCAACAUGAUAAUGCUUUACUACCAUCACUUUCACCACCGACACCAAUACCAACAAUGCAGCUGCCGCCUCCACCAUCUAACUAAUCAUUACCGGUACCAUAACUAUAACCACCACCGCUACCAUCAUACCAAUUCACUACUGCCACAAUCGCCACCAGCACCAGCAGAGCAACCUUCAGCACCUCCUCCAUCUCUAAAGCAAAGUGCAAAAUAUGUGUCGGAACCUUCAAGAAGGAACAAAUGAACGAACUAAUGAAUGAAUGAAAACAUAAAUGAAUAAGAGAAAGCAAGAAGAACGGAGAAAGAAAGAAAGAAAAGAAGGAAGAAAGGAAGAACUAGAGGAAAAAAACUGUUUGAAAACAUGUCUGCUCAAGUGAAAAUCAGGAGAGGACCAGUAACAACAACAACAACAUCAGGAACAAGUUGACAAAUAAUUUACUGGAAGUACAUUAUGUUCAGAAAUUUGAUACCCCCCUGGAGCUAGUAUUUUGUAGAUGGUGGCUGUCUUUUGUGAUGCAGUUGAAAAUGGCUGUCUGCAGCUUUUGCAAAUGAUCUGUCGCAACCAGACAAGAGACUUAUACUGGUUUGAGUGGAAACUACAUGCCUUCAUGAAAGAUUCCUAAUUUUUAGUUUCAUUCUUGUGUGUUUUUUUUUUAUAUCUCUCUUGAUUUGUUUCAAAAUGUGAGCCUCUCACCCACUAACUGCCCUUGUCUCAAUCUUUUGCUGUUUGUGAUUGUGUAAAAAAGAAAGGAAUUCAUGUGUAAAUCCAAUUAUUAUCCUACAUGUAGCCACAAUUAUUGUGAUGGUUCAAUGUCUGUAAGCACCAUAACCAUAGAAAUUCAGUUUGUCUGACAACUGAAUUUGAUAUUUGUUGUCAAUAAUUAAUAUUUUCAAUCUUUUAUUUACAAAAAUAUUUUGUUUAUUAAAAAAUAUAUUUUUUGUGUCUGUGCAGAAGUACUAAAUUAGUAUGAGAGAAGAGGAAUUAUUAACUCCUGAAUGAAUAAUUGGCAAACUCACAAUGAGAAAAGCAAAAAUGGAAAGCUACUGAUUCCCAUCCACCACCACCUAUCAUUUAAUUUCUUAAUUUCAGAUUUAAGUGUACUUGUGUCAUUGCUGUCCUAUCAUCCAAUGGUUUACUGCUGAUCUAUUUGUGUUUUUAUAUGUUUCAUUAUACCUAUUUUAUUUCCUUUUUAUAUUUUAUCUGUUCUGUCUCCUGUUCCCCAUCUGACACUGAAUGAAGACAUCAUGUAUUCCAUGGAACGGUUGUUUGUGUGUGACAUCUGUCACCAGGUCUUUCAACGGAGUUCUAGUCUGGAUAAUCACAUGCGAGCUCAUGACGGAGAGAAACCAUACGAUGACUGUUCUUCCACUUACCAAGAGCUGCAAGCUGAUGCAACCAUUGACACUGUUGCGCAAAUCCAUGCAGCCGAGCAAGAGAGUACAGAGAAUAUGCUGACUGACAUUGUUGGUGAAGAAAGUGAUCUUGCUGACCCUAACUCACCAACUGUAUCUCUAUCAGACUUUGCUCCCUCGUCUCCUACAACUCAGAUUGUUACUAAUGACAAAGACCAAAUGUUCCUCACUGACCUGACAGACAUUGGUGAUUGUGAAUCUAUUAACCAGCUAUACACUUGUGAGAUUUGCAUGGAGAUUUUUACCCAUCCAGUUUUACUUAGGCAACAUUCGGAAAUAGUGCAUCCGAAGGAAUAUGGGAAAGCAAAGAUGUUUGUGUGUGAUAUCUGCCAGAAAGCUUUCCCAGAUAACUCUCAGUUAAAAAGACAUGUACGUAUCCAUUCAGAGGACAGACCGUUUGUUUGUACCAUAUGCUCAAAAGGUUUUCGCACCACUGCUCAUUUGAAACGCCAUUCCUGGAUGCACACAAAUCAACGACCUUAUGCCUGCAAAAUAUGUGGCAAGUCAUUUUCUGAUAAUUCACACCUAAAACGUCAUAGCUGGUCUCAUAGUGAAAAUAAGCCAUUUCCAUGUGAACUCUGUUCGAAACAGUUUACGGACCGGUCACAUUUAAAGCGGCAUCUUCGAAUACAUUUGAACGAUCGACCAUUUACUUGUGAUAAGUGUCCGAAAACUUUCUCUGACAUUUCUCACUUGAGAAGACAUACUAAGGGCCACAUCACAGAGAAAACCUACCAGUGUCCUGUAUGUUCAAAAACUUUUACGGAUGAAUCAUAUCUAAACAGACAUGCACAAACACAUGUCAUCAAAAAGAGUUUUGACUGCUUGGAAUGUGGCAAGAACUUUUCUGAUCGGUCCCAUCUCAAACGCCACGCUGUUAUGCAUUCUGAUAAUAAACCCUACCAAUGUAGCAUGUGUCCUAAAUCUUUUGUGGACAGUUAUCAUUUGAGGAGGCAUAGCAAGACACACUCAGAAAUCAAACCAUAUUCUUGCUAUGUAUGUGGCAAGUGUUUUGUUGACAACUCUCACUUGAAGCGACAUGCUAGGACACAUUCCAGUGAAAGACCCUUUAAAUGUGAAACAUGUAACAAAGGUUUCUUAGAUAGGUCUCAUCUUAAACGACAUGCACAAACCCAUUCAGAUAACCGGAAGCCUUUUGGCUGUGAUAUCUGCGGCAAGUACUUUUCUGAUAUGUCUCAUGUCAAAAGACACCGCAAAACCCAUUAUGAUGAACGCCCUUAUCCAUGCCAUGAAUGUGACAAAUCCUUUAUGACUUCAUCACACUUGAAACGCCACCUGCUUUGCCAUUCAGAAAAUAAACCUUACCCUUGUGAUCAAUGUGACAAAACAUUCUCUGACAGUUCCCAUUUAAAACGUCACUCUCAGACACACUCCAUUGAGCAGCCGCUCAGCUGUGGAAUCUGCAAUAAGACUUUUUCAAGCAAUUCCAUUCUGAAGCGACACAUGCAAGUGCACACUGAUCAAAUUCUUCUGAAUGUAGGUUAUUUACUUGCUACAGAUAUAGUGUAAAAUAUUCAGUGUUGCACUUGAUGGUAUGCAUUUCCUCUUGUUACUAACAAAUUCACGCAAACAUGUACAUCCAGUCCACUUACACAGACUUAUAUACACCCCGUCUACCGACAUAAGCAUACGCCUGCUAUAUUUAUAUUGUGUGUGGAUGAAUACACACACACACACACACACAUGCACAUAUGUACCUGUUUCACACAUAUAAUACAUACACACAUAUAUGUACAUGUCAU